AUGCAGACGUGGGUGAAUGGCCAUGGCAGUUCGCCUUACCCGUCUAAAUAUGCUGUAUAUACUGGUAUACACGAUCUGGAUAAUACGACAUCGUCAACAACCACACGUCAUCUCAUCGAUGACAUCAUCGUCCAUGAGAUGUAUAAUGAUGUAACACAAGACAGUGACAUCGCGUUGCUGAAGCUAUCCGAUCAGGCGAACUUCACGUACGACACUGUCAAUAACGUCUGUCUUCCGGGCCGAGGGACUAUUUUCGAAGACGGUGAAAUGUGUUAUGUCAGUGGAUGGGGAUCCAUCUAUGAUGGCGGUCCAUCAUACAAUAUAUUACAGGAAGCAGCGGUCCCUCUGAUUAGUACAUUGCAGUGUAACACAGAGACAAAUCUGUAUGGCCACAUCACACCAAAUAUGUUAUGUGCUGGAUACAGCGAAGGAGGCGUGGAUGCCUGCCAGGGAGACAGUGGUGGACCUUUGGUAUGUAAGCGUAAUGGUCGAUGGGUGCUAGCCGGGGUUACGAGUUGGGGAGAUGGUUGCGCUCGUCCAUUGUACCCUGGUGUCUACACAAAGCUAACAAAAUGUAUGAACUGGAUCGAAACAAAAAUUAAUCAAAUAUUUGACGAAAUUUGA